UGACCCGAACUAUUAUGACGUGCUCUCUGUAUAUGUGUGUGCGUGUGUUAACACGUUGAAACGUACACGGACUAGUGGUCCUGUGUAAUAUCAAUAUUGUAGACGACGACUUUCGUAUUUUGAUCGUUUCGAUUUUUGAUUUUCCACAGCAGCCCGACGACAAGUGAUGCUCGAGUCGGCCAGCAUAGCGUCGGGGGUCAGCGUGGCGGUACUUUUGGUGUUCAUAAUCUGCACCACGUUUUACGUCAGGUCCAAGAGACAGCGGAAACUCAAGUUGAACGCAGCCGACGUCUCAAUGGUAGACGGCAACUGGACGGACGCGGAAAAGCGGCCGUUCUCGUAUCGUCCCAAGCACACGAUCAUCACAAUUCCUCUGAAGACAGUAAUCACAGAACAGUCGACGCGAUCCUCCGGCGACGGCCGCCGCCCCGAAGAGAGUUCGCGACGAGAACCUUUGAUCGUAUGAGACGACUGCAGCUAAUUCCAAAGUUAUUAUAUGUUCAGCGCGGGUAUCCUUGCGAGGACGACAAAUGACGAUUUUUUUUUCACGGGGAGAUCAAUAAUAUAAUAAUAUUUUGGUGUCGAGCUGGACGCCGCACAACACGCCUCGGAUACCACUAUACACACACGGCGGCACAACAGUCGGUCAGCAGCAGCAGCAGCAGCAGCAGACACGCGAAAUAUGAUCACGACACGAACACACACACGCCCACACACAUGAUAAUGUCUCAACGUCACGUCCCGAGAGCCCAACGCCGAAUAUAUUAUACACACACACACACACGCGUGCGCGAAAUAAAAUUUGGAAUUGAAAAAAAUUUAAUGAUCAAAAUCGAAUGUAAUAAAAUUUCAAAAAAAAAAUUGUUUUUAAACGGACCGAUUCAAUCAUACAGUAG